AUGGCCUCAGUUCCUCCUGGCGACAUCAACACUCAGCCUAACGCGAAGAUCGUCUUCAACGCGCCGUACGACGACAAGCACACCUACCACAUCAAGAUCAUCAACGCUUCCGGCCGACGUAUUGGAUGGGCCAUCAAGACGACCAACAUGAAGAGACUUGGUGUGGAUCCUGCCUGCGGUGUGCUCGACCCCAAGGAAGCCACCCUUAUGGCUGUGUCCUGUGAUGUGUUCGACUACGGACGUGAGGACACCAACAACGACCGUAUUACCGUCGAAUGGUGCAACACCCCUGACGGAGCUGCCAAGCAAUUCCGUCGUGAAUGGUUCCAAGGAGAUGGUAUGUCGAACCAGAAUGGCCAGCGUUCCUCCUGGCGAUAUCAACACUCAGCCCAACUCGAAGAUCGUCUUCAACGCGCCGUACGACGACAAGCACACCUACCACAUCAAGAUCAUCAACGCUUCCGGCCGUCGUAUUGGAUGGGCCAUCAAGACCACCAACAUGAGAGACUUGGUGUGGAUCCUGCCUGUGGUGUGCUCGACCCCAAGGAGGCCACCCUUAUGGCUGUCUCCUGUGAUGUGUUCGACUACGGACGUGAGGACACCAACAACGACCGUAUUACCGUCGAAUGGUGCAACACUCCUGACGGAGCUGCCAAGCAAUUCCGUCGUGAAUGGUUCCAAGGUGAUGGUAUGGUCCGAAGAAAGAACCUCCCUAUCGAGUACAAUCCUUGA